AUGGGCGCUCCCACUCCCCACUGCAACGAUGAGGUCCCCGCGUACGAGGAGUUGUACUCCCAGCCGCCAUCUAACCCAUCAACUGGCGUAGGUGCAUCUAUAGAGGUUCCGUCUGAACAAACACCCUCAUCUAUAUCCAUUCACUCGUCUCUUCCUAACAACCACAAUCACCACCACCGACUCACCCCACCCCAAUAUCCACCCAGCCCCAUAAUCCACGACUAUACUAACGAGCUCCUCUACGCGCAGUACUCCCAUAUCCCAACCACGGCCGCAGACACGCGCGACCUCACCAUCGACAUUGAACGCACCGCCCACAAACACCACCCGCACCCGCAACGCAGCACCCUGUCCCCGUCCCCGAACUUUGAACUCGACGAGACCCCCACGCCUGAUCCCCAACAGCCCAGCGAAGGCCCGCACUUCCACUGCGCAGAAUGUGAUCGGCAAAUGGACUCGCGUGAGCGGCGCCGGCUCUGUGCCAAAGUGACGAAUGCUGUCACGGGCACUCUUAUGAUCAUCAGCUUUUUCGUGAUGAUUGGUUAUAUUUUUAUGGUGAUGCGUCGUUGA